UAACAAUAAAUAAAAUUAUAAAUUUAAAUAUAUAAUGAUUUUGAUAAUUAUUCUAAGAAUUUAUAGUUUGUACCACAUUAACAUACCUAAUAUUUAUCUACAUAUUUUAAUUAUCUCUAUUAAUCUAAAUAAUUUAAUGAAGUUAUUAAAUUUAAUAAAUAAAAUAUAGUUCAUUAAAUAUUUAUUAAAUUCUUUUGUAACAAUUAUUAAAUUUAAAGAAAAUUCACAUUACUAAUUGAAAAACUUACAUCAGAAACUUCACAAAUCUAACUAACCGGUAUCACAAUUAUCUUUUCUACUAAUAUUUGAUGAUAUAAAAAGAAAAAGAAAAAAAGCGCGCAUAAAUACAAAAGAAAUCAUAAGUGAACGUAAAAGAAAAACCCUGAAAAUUAAUUAAUCAAAAAAUGCAUAUUGCAUAAUUCUGCCUAAAGGGUUUCUUAACGACAUACUUCAACAUUGUUCUUGAAUAAGCCCUACUUCUCUUAUGCCUCUUCAUUACAGACACUACUAAAGAAUAAUUUAGGAUAACAGAACAAUAUUUCAGUAAUUUAAAUUUUAAACCGGAUCGAAUAUGUAAAAAUAUGCAAUCACCAUCUAAAGAAGAAAAAAUAAAGAAUAAAAAACACCUAGAAAAUCAGAAUCAAGAAUAAAGAACCAUUAAGAAAACCACGAACAAGCUAAACUAAGCCUCUGAAUGAACAAUUACUUCUUUUCUUUUAUCUUCUUAAACCAACUUUUUUUCUGACGAUAAUAAUAAAAAGGAAGUAGGAAGUACCUUUUACCACUGAUUUACGACUGGAAAAGUACCUUUUAGUAAACAAAUCCAACCGCUCAAUCCCAACGGUCGGUAACUGCUUCUCCGCUGCCUUUAAAAUAAAUUCCUACGAACUUCUAUUCUCAUUUGCUCUCAAUUCCUUAAUUCUGUCAAAAAGUUUCCUGUUCUCAGGCGCCAGAAUUGUCCAGUUCUGGUGCUUGAGAACCUUUCAUUAGAGUCCACUUAAUAUUAGAAACUACUGAAUGCUUAUAUAUUCUACUGCUAUUGUUAUCCAUGGCGGAUCCUCGGUACAUUGUUCCUUAUCACGACCCCCACAAUACUCCCAUUAACUUGGAGUAUUUUGAUUUUACGUUAGAUUCAAAUCCAACUCUUGCCAAUAUAGAUGAACAACCACAACAGCCCACUUCAGUUCAUUUUCACAGUGAUGAUAUUGUGGAUCCUAGUAAUCCUUUUGAUGGUCCAAUGAUAUGGAAUAAUUUUUCCAGUAAUAAUAAUAAUGAAGCGGGCCCGUCUACGCAGAAUUGUCGCAAUGAGGGGGAUGCGGAGAAUGUGAGUGAGAAUGUAAGAUCAAGGUGUUCUGGUGAUGGGAUUGGAAGGCCUAUUACAAGUUGGCCACCGCCAUUUGCUCCAUUUCAGUGCACUUAUUGUCAAGUUUUAAGAGAAAUCAUCCACACUGAUGGCAAUUGCACUUCGAAACUUGAAAUUCAUGGGAGAUUGGGUAUGAUUUGCCAUGCUGUUCUUGAGAAUAGGGAUCAAGUCGUAGCGGGUACUUCAGCAACUAGAUAUCAUAUGAUUGAUUUUUGCAAGAAAAGCAUAGAAAAUGUGAAGCAAAUUCUGCAACAGUACUGUGACGAUAAAACAAAGGCUGGAUUUGUUUUGGUACAAGAUCCUCUCUCAAUCUUUUAUGAAGCCUUGUCUGUUGGAAUAGAAUGGGAAGAAAAUUUGGACAACGAUGACAUUUUUGAUCCAUCUCCUUCAUCAUGGGCGCGUCAGUGGGAUCUAACAGGAGGAGGGAAUGAUGCAGAGAGAGUGAUGAAAACCGCUCUAGCACAACAGAGGGAAAGGACAGGAAAGUUGACACUGAAAGACUUUACAGCUUAUUUUGAUCUCCCCAUUGAAGAGGCUGCUAAGAGAAUGAGCUUAUGUCCUACUGUUGUGAAGAAGAUAUGCAGGAGAUAUGGCAUGAAUCGAUGGCCUCAUAGAAAGAUUAAAAGCAUGCGGAGGCAAAUGGCAAAAAUUAGGCACUUUGUGCGUUCGAACAAUUCAGAAGAAAAGGCACGCGCUCUAGCAGAGAUCCAGAGGCUUCAACAAGAAAUAGCGAAUAUCUGUACUGUGACCGAUAAUUGAUGUUCUUAUGAGUGUUAAAAGAAUUUGGCGACAUAUAUAUUUCAGGAUUGUGUUUUUGUUUUCUCUUAUGUAUUUUUGUAUUUCUCAGUAGGUUUGUCUAUAAAUUUUGUUCUUUUGUGGAAGGUGUUGUGUGUUUGAUGAUAGUGAUUGGCUAAAACACAGU